UUUUAGACCCAGUGUUAGGGUGUACAUAAUUUGACAUAAUUAUAUUUUCUAAAUUGACACUCUGCUAUUGAUAUUUUGAUAUUAUCUUUAUAUUCUUCUUAGCUGUGGUAGCACGUAAUUUAAAAAUGCUGCGGAUGAGCUGUCAAUAUUUUCACUUGUGAAAGUCGGACAGCGGUUAAUGUUACACGCUAAAGUCCAUUUACAAGAAAUAGCAACGUGAGCUGUGCCUGGCAACUUCAAUUCACAAUUUUGAUAUUUGCAGCCAUUCCUCUGAAUUUGUUGGCAGUAAUCAGACAUCAUGAAGUCCUCAGAUUCAGAGCAGGGACAUGAGAGCCUGUACUUGGAAAUGAACGCUUACGGGGAGCAGCAGCUUCCACUCCACACCUCCAUAACUUUAUUCCUUUUAUCGUACUGUGAUUGUCGCUCCUUCCAUGUUUUCCUAGUUUCUGCUCAGGCAGAAAGCGGGCAGCCCAGGAAGGGGCUUGUACCGGAGGGGCUUGGAGCCACCGUGAUUCAGGUGCAGGACCUGCCCGUGUUGGUGAAGAGCUGUCGCCUGCCCGCAGUGCUGGACACAGGCGGAAGGUUUUGUCGAGCCGGUUUGGCGGUGGUGCUGAGACACAUCAUCGGCCGGACGUGCGAGAGAGAGCCCAGUCGGAAGGAUGUGGAAGCUCUGCUCGGGUUUAAGAAGACCUGCCUGAAGGCCUGCGCUGAGGUUAGCCAGUGGACUAGGCUGUGCGAGCUCAGCAUCCCCUCGGCUGUGGAAGAGUUUCUGAGGCUGCCGGGUGACGGGGACCCCCAGGUGCCUGCUGCCAUCCUUCUUCUGGAGAGGAAGCUGGCAGAGCCUGUCAAGGUGCACAAUGACGACAAGAUCCGCCGGCAGAAGCUGCAGUUGCAGCAGAAGAAAAGCUCAAACUCCCAGAAGACUUCAGCACCUGAGGCCCCGCCCCCUGAAGUCUCUGACGGUUUGGAGCUCAGCACUGCCUUGGCCAAGCUGUCAAAGGUGGAAGUUCAGUCUCCGUCCACCAGGGGGCCCUCUGACAUCAGAAAAGUGAAGACCACUGAGCUGCCCCCUUUGGAGCAUGUGUUUGCAGAAGGACUAUUCUUCACUCUCACAGAUGUGGUCUUGCUGCCCUGUGUGCACAGCUACUUGGCAUCUCUCCAGCAGCGUGCCUGCAGUAAGCCGGUGCAGCUGCCUCUCCUGGGCCGCUGGUACCACCGCGUCCAGGAAGUGCCCGGGGUGCGCAGGGCGGCGGAGGACUGCGGAAUAGCUUUCCUCAGCCCCCAGGCGCUGGGGUCCGGCCUCCAGCAGGGGGCGGCGGUGCUCGCUGGAGUGGAGCCAGAGCCAGAGCCAGAGCCAGAACGGGAGAGCGGGGAGAAGACAGAGGUGGCCUUCACUGGAGGCCCAAGGCCAACCGUGACUAAACUGAAAGAGAGGGGCAUCGCCGCUGUUUUCUCUCCUCACCCUUGCCCACAUUGGACCCUUGACUGGGAGAGCCUGCCAGCGGCAGUCAAUCCUACCGAAGGGAAAAUGUCAGACGUCAGGGCGCUGAGGAAACGGCAACAGUUGAACAACUUGGUAGCCAUGGUGACCAGGCUGGCCCGCUCCGGAGACACGGUGGUGGACUUCUGCAGCGGCGGAGGGCAUGUUGGGAUUGCUCUCGCGCACACCCUGCCAGACUGCCAGGUGGUUCUGAUCGAAAACAAGGAGCAGUCUCUGGUGCGGGCCGAGAGCCGGUGUGCCGAGCUGGGCCUGAGAAACGUGGGCUUCGUUCAGACCAAUCUGGACUACUUCACCGGAUCCUUCCAGAUAGGCGUGGCGCUGCACGCGUGCGGCGUGGCGACGGACAUGGUGAUGGACCUCUGCGUCCGCGCUGGCGCCGCCUUCGUGGUCAGCCCCUGCUGCUACGGAUACAUCCAGAACACGCUCAAGUUCACCUUCCCCAGGAGCCAGAAGUUCUCGGACACGUUGAGUUAUAAGGAACACAUGAUUCUCUGCCGGUUCGCUGACCAGACGGACGUCCAGCUGCCUCCCGAUCGACGAUCGAUAGGGAAGCAGUGCAUGGGCCUAGUGGAUCUUGAUCGAUCCUGGAGAGCAGAGGCUCAUGGGUACUCCGUUAGGGUGAUGACCAUGGAGCCUGACAGCUGCUCCCCGAAGAACAACAUGCUGGUGGGCGUGCCAGCAGGUCAAAACUUCAACUGAUCCUCAGAACCCAGAAGUCUCUAUGGUGACUGUGUUCUUGGUAAAGCACUGAGAGUGUAUCAGACUUUUUGCCUUUCUGAUAUAGUUAUUCAAGCUGGUAGGGUCAUGAAUGUGAAAGGACAAGCAGGUCAAUUCUGUAUCAUCCUUGCUGAAAUGAAGCUGAAAUGGCAUCAAAUCCCUAAAAUCCCAUGAAAGGAAAAAUGGUUUUAAAUUUUUUUUAUUGAGCUUCUUUUUUAUCUUAGAACUACUUUUUAUUAAUUUUUUGUCAGCUAAAUGCAUACUCAAAUGGAAAUUCCACAAUACAGUCAUUAUGUACAUGGAGUAAGAAGAUUCAGGUGUCUUCUGAAUGUAUUAUUAUUAUUAUUACAAAACUAAUUGUUACAAUUGAUUUAUUAUAAUUAUUCUUAGAUAUGCUGUUAUGAUUAUGCUCUCUGAUUAAAUUUAAUGGGAUUGUGCACCCUCCUUCUGAAACCAUGGGCCGGUGCUGUAGGCCUUCAUGGCCCGGUGAGCAUCUAUGGUCCCAGAUCUCUAUCGUGGCCCUCCUGGUAUGGCAAGGCACUUCCUGCCUACUGUUCUGGAUCUUCAUGCAUGAUGGAGCCCUUUGAACGACAGGGAACACCGACAAAACAGUUUUACCACCUCUGGAACAGUAACCAAGAUCAGGCUCCAUGUACCUGUGUAUUCUGUAGCAUUAUUUGUGUUUAUACCAAAUAUAAAUCCUUUCAAAGAUGCCAUUGAAAAGGUUGGCAGCUACAUUUUGAAGGAAUAAAAUUAAUUUUAAAUAACUUUCAAUAAAUGGCAAUAUUUGACAA